GUCAGGAGUCGCGGCACGCCGACGACAACAACAUCCACUGUCAAUGUCCUGGCGCGCCUCUGCAGACGCACGCGAAUUUCGCCCACCGAUUGGCCGACGAGUUUCGCGAGUCGCGCACGCCACAACUUGUGAAUGAACUAAGAAGAAAGAGUUAGCGAGAAGGAGUGAGAAGUGCGAAUUCUUCACAAGGACGCAAGGUGUGUUCCAUCGCCACGCAAGGACGACGAGUUUACCUGUGCGUCUCUACUGUGAGUGGUCAAUUUGCAACCAAUCGCUAGCAAAACUUUGCAAAACAUUGUGUGAGUGUGUGCGUAUUUUAUGCGUAGACAUUGGAAUAGAGAUCAACGCACCGGAUGCGCGCAAUAAAAAUUCGCGUCGGGCGGCGUCCGUAAUUAAUGCACACACGCGAUUCUGCGCGUCGUCUGGCCGGCGCGAUGCACCCGGGAUGAAGACAUAAAGGGACCACAGCGCUCUGAAGGACGGACUUUUUGUUUCGCGAGCUAUCGCUGAAUGCACACAGCUCACAACACAAUAAUAUACGCUACAAUUUUUAUUUCGGUCUAAUGUGGCUAUCCAAACAACAAACGAGCAAACAAUGCGCUUUGUUUAGUUUCGAAAAACUUGCGGCGCAAAAAUAAACUUUGACAUCGCGCGUUCGCAAAGUCCGAGAUACCAACCAGCCGGCACGAUGUACAGCAACGCGCAACACUACUGCCUACGCUGGAACAACCACCAGUCCAACCUGCUGACCGUCUUCGACGAGCUACUGCAGAAUGAAGCGUUCACAGACGUAACGCUUGUCUGCGACGGUGGUAGUCCAAUAAAGUGCCAUCGAAUGGUCCUGGCCGCCUGCUCGCCUUACUUUCAAAACCUUUUCACUGACCUGCCAUGCAAGCAUCCGGUGGUGGUCCUGAAGGACGUACGCUACUCGGAUAUCAAAGCCAUUUUGGAGUACAUGUAUCGCGGCGAGGUAAACGUGGGCCAGAAUCAACUAGCUGAUUUGUUACGAGUGGCUGAAGCACUGAAAGUUAAAGGUUUGGUGGAGGAGAAGCGCGGCAGUGAAUCAAGCGAUGUCGCAAGGACUGACUCCAACCACCCAAGCCCCACCGGCGUGAGCACCUCAAGUACAUCCAAUAAUCAAUCCACAGUACACAGCAGCAGUGCUGAAUCGCCACCACAUUCCACCAAUGGUUUCGUUGGUGGUUACAAGACAAACCCUUACAUGUAUCCAGGAACCAACAAAAAGAGCACGACCCCUAGUAUGGAAUCACAGAGUUCACCUUCCCCACGGAUGAAUAUCCCCAUGUGGCCAGUUGGUGGUCUGCCGAUUCAUCCGAGUCAUUCCCCCAGCGAGCAUCCCAGCAGUAAUGCUGCCGCAGCACAAGCAGUUGCGAUGCUCAGCAGUUGCUACCAGGCUGGUAGCACAGAUAUGAACCCGCUCAAACGCAAGAAGCUGUCCAGUUUGCUCAUGAGCCGCGAUACGCCUAUCCUGCGGACAGUCCUUGGACAAGCCGACUCAUCUCAACCUGUUAGUCUUGUGUGCCAUCCAGAUGAAAGCCCCAACAAUGUGAAUUCGAAUGGAGUUGAAGAAUUACCCGAAAAGCAUAUCAAAAACGAGCCCUCCGAAGGCGCCCAAUCGCCCUUCACGGAUAUCUCCAUGGAGUACGAUGAGAAGUCCAAGAUGGGUAUGAAUUCCCCCUAUGCCAGUGGCAUGUCCGGUAUUGCUACCUAUGUGCCCAGCAAUGUCAAACCAGAAUGGAAGCGAUACAAGCAAUACACCCGCAAUGAUAUCAUGUCUGCAAUUGAUGCGGUACGUAAUGGUAUGUCAGCCCUGCAAGCCGCGCGUAAAUAUGGUGUGCCAUCGAGAACCCUGUACGACAAAGUCAAGAAACUGGGUAUUACCACUUCAAGACCCUUCAAACGCGGUACCAACGGCAGCAGUCUUGGUUUCCCCUAUGGUAUCAGUGGUACCAGCUCACCUUUUGGAAUGGACUCAGAUGAACAUAGCAUUAAUAACAAUUCAAGUCUUUUGGAAGCCAGUAGUAUACUACAACACGCCCUAGACGCCCGAGAUGAUAAAGAAGCUCUGGCCGCGAUGAUUGCCGCACAUGCCGCCAUGAGUGGACGCAACACCAGCCCAAACAACAAUUCAUCAGCACGUACCACCAGCCCACCUCCUAAUCACCUCAAAUACAUGAGUCGCAUGAACAGCCUACCGCCAUCUCCAGUUGUUGGCAGCGAUCCGAAUCACAGCGAGACAAAUGGCAGCGGUAGCAGUGAUCGCGAGCAUGAUCACGAACAUGAACACGACGAUCAUGACCACGACCACGACCAAGACGAAAACGACCACGUGGAGGACCUCUCAGUCGGGCGUAAACAGGUCAUAAUGCCGCCGAUUAAUAUGUCCUCGAUUAUCAAGAAGGAAGAAAUGCUCAAAGAGACACUGAUGGAGGAAAUGCGCCGCGAGGUGGCAGUGAGCGGCGACAACACCGAGUAGGCGCUAGCGCGCAUGCGCAUGCCGCUGCAUUACAAGUUGCCUUCGCAUUAUAGUCGCAUCGCAGAGACUCAAAACGAAAAGCGUAAGCGUAAAAUACACGAAAUAAAAUGUAAAACGAUUAGGAAAGCGUUAGAAGACGAACUGCUGCUGACUGAAGUUUUAAAAAACCAGUGUUAAGUUUUCAAAUAUUAUUAUUAUUAAUAUUAUUAUAAAAUGCGACGAUGAAAAAAGAACACAAAACAAAGUUUUACUUUUUAUUAUUAAUCAAUAUCAUUGAUAUCAUUGUAUUUUGAUUUUGUUCUUAUUUUGGUUGCAUAACGUGCAUGGCAUGCCAGACUGACAUCAGUGCAAUAUGUAUUUCUUAUCUGUGGUUACGACGCCCCCACCCGUACUCAAAUCAUUUGCGCGCUCGCGGCGCCAAAAUGAGAUAUAGUUUAUAAAGAAUAGCAUUGUAACUUGUAAGUAAUGUAAGUAAGACGAACACGAUAUGCAAGUAUGUAGUAAUGUGUGACAGGGCAGGGCGAGAGCGAGAGACGAUUCCAAAUGCGGCCCUGCGUAAUUAUAUCUAAAAAUAUGUAAUGUAUAGAUUUAUCGAGACAAAACAACACGUCCGCGCCGAUAUUGCGACGUGCCUACAAAACUAAUGUGUGCCUGUUUUUUCGCGUCUAAGCGUACACGAACUUUUUAGCAUCUAGAUGAAUGGAACAAAAUACAAAUGAACACAAAAAUGCGCCAUAUAUCUAUAUUCUAUAACUAUAUAUUUGUUGCAACUGUUUGCAAACUCUUUGCAAAAACUGAACACGAAUUAUGAUUACGAACGAACCAAAAGCACGGGACCAUGUUUGCUACAAGUUCCUCGAACGUAAACGGAAUAUGUAACUGUUAAGACUGAUUAAUUAGAUGAAAAAUGAAUUAAAUUAUGAUACGAAGACAAACACGUUUAUUUGUAUAAUGAGACUGAAUGAUAGAAAAAAAAAAACGUAGUAGUUUUGUUUUUAUUAUUAUUAUCUAUUAUUAUUAAUUAUUGCAUAAUCGUAAUAUUAUUAAUUAAUUAAAAGUACUAUUAUUACAUAUUAUCGAUCCAUUUAUUUGGUCAAAUAAAACUUAUCAGAGCGGGUCUACAAACAAUCCUAUCACAAAUAUGAAAUGAUACCGGUGCAAAAUUUGCUUGGAAUACGUACUAACUUGUUGUUUCGCAAAACAAACAAGACAAACAACUUUGAUCUUUCAAGAAAGAUGUAAAAUUUUAAUGAAAAAAAAAUCUAAAAAUUAAAUUUCAAUUUCAAGAUUGUAUCUAUUUGUAAUUGUAAUCGAUGUGAUUAUCUUAGUUUUUAUUCGUAUUUUUUAAACACACACAUUUCUAUACGUUUAUUACAUAAAAUUAUAUUUUAGUCGUACUUUGGUCUUUUUAUUUUUAUUUUCGACUUGUUUAUUUUUGGUAUUGGGUUAUUUUUCGUUCUACUCUCAGAAAAUUUCAUGUUUUUUGUCUUCUAAUGUAAGAUAUAGAUACGAAGAAGAACAAAAGCGCAAUGAUUGUAAAUUGUUAUAUUAGAUAUAAAUAGGCAACAAGAUAUAAAAAACAUGCGUUAUACAAAUUUGAAACUUUUCACUAUUCAUGGAGUGUUUUUGUGUAUACGCUUGCACGUAACAACACAAGUAAUGUGUGCACACACAAAAGUGCACUUUGUUGUCAUUGACGUCAUUUAUAAGUACCUAAAAUUUAUACAAUUUCAUCAGAAACCUACAAAUCACACAUUUUGCAGUUAUUGUUUUCUUAGCGCUAAGAACUAAGAACAAAAUAGUUAUGUACUUUUAUUAAUUUGUAAUUUCAUGUAAUUGUAAUGUUUAUUUUGUUUUUGUCCACCCCAUAGCUGUGAUUUCUUAUUAGACUGACUCGACUAAAUGGAAUAUUGCGAACUAUUUGAUUAUUGACGAUAUGAGAACACGAAUAUUAAUAAAAUCACUUAAAGAAUCAUCUGAACUCUUUUCAUUUUGUAUUUUCUAUGCAAACAACUUGUUGAAAUGAAAAUCGCAAACAUAAUAACAAGUCAGGUUUCAAGUCAAGUCAGUAAUUAUGUUCACCAUCAAAGUAAAUGUCAUUUAAUAGCAUUUAAUUAUUAUCGAGGGUUGAUAUUUACCGCAUGCGUGAAGGGCUUACAUGAUAUCGCUAUAAAUCAAAAGUGUGCUGAUUUGCUCACUGACGUUGUUUCCAUGAAUCGGAAAUUUUCUUAAUUAUUAAUGAGCGUAGCAGAAAAUUAAUAGAUACUUGCACUUAAUUGAAUACAACUGCAAUAUUUUCCAAGACUGAAUCGGCGUUUUGUUCUAAUUAAAAGUUUUAAUUCUUGAAAUUUCAUAAAAAAUAAUUAAUUGAAUUCUAGGUACUUAUAUCAUGUUGUUAAAUUAAUAAAAUCGCACAUUUCAUUGAUCUAUUCUUGUGCCUGUUGAGAAAAUACUAGGAGAACUGAAUUUAAUGAAGUAGUGUGUGACCAAAAUAUAAACAAACGUUGCAAUAUGAAUAUGAAAUUUCACACAACGUGCCUUUGACUUUUAGUAACAUGAAAAUACAUAGUGUUUGAUAUAAAAGAACAUUCCAAUAAACCAAUCAAAAUAUUUCCGCUUAAAACUUUAAAUUUGCUCUCAAUCACAUUCAUUAUUCGCUCAACAUAAAUAAUUAGUAUUUAAUUUGUUACGAUUACGUUUAUUUUUAAGACUGAUGGCAAAAUAUGCAAAUUGGAUCUCGUAAACUAAUGGAAAUAAGAGAAUUUGAAAUGUUGAAAAUUUAGUUUUGAACUAAUUAUCUAUAUGUUAUUAUAGUGUUCACCAUCUACCUCAUAGUAUUUAGUUGCAAUUAUUGCAUCUAUCAAUAUGUUUAAUGAAUCAUUGUAAAUACACAUUAAACUAAAACCUAUUACACAUGUAUUCAUAUUGAAAUAUCACAUAUUGUUUACUUUUAUUUUUAUUUUUUAUAUUUUUUUCUCAGCAAUACUUUACUAUGAAUAUAAUGUGCUCAUAUAAUAUACCUAAUAGAUUUAUUGUGUAUAUCCGUGUGACGAAUUAUAUAAAAUAUGUAUUUUACAAUGCGCUAUCAAUAGAUAUGUAUAAAUAUAGAAUCCAAAAUACAAGAACAAAGAUAAACAUUACUAUGUAAAAAAGUGCACUGAUAUUUUGAUAGAUAUUGUCUGAUGAUUGUUGUUUGGAACCAAUUAAAUAUAUUAUUAAUAUUAUGAUUAA